AAAAGCUUCCAAUUCUCUUUACCUAGAGCUAUGACUGACAUUGGAGAUUACAUAGGCUCCAACAUCGAAAUAUCCUGGCUACCCAACCUGGAUGAUUUGAUGAAAGGCUACGCACGUAAUUUCAGGCCUGGGAUUGGAGGUCCUCCUGUUAAUGUUGCUCUUGCAAUUGAAGUAGCCAGCAUUGACCACAUCUCAGAAGUGAACAUGGAAUACACCAUGACAGUAUUUCUGCACCAGAGCUGGCGCGAUGACCGCCUGUCCUACAACCACACCAAUGAAACGCUGGGGCUGGACAGCCGCUUUGUGGACAAGCUCUGGUUGCCAGAUACUUUCAUAGUAAACGCCAAGUCUGCCUGGUUCCAUGACGUGACUGUGGAAAACAAACUGAUCAGGCUCCAGCCAGAUGGAGUCAUCUUAUACAGCAUAAGGUAA